AGAGUCCUUCUCCUCCCCCCACGCCGUCUCUCUCUCUCUCUCUCUCUCUCUGCCUCCCCGUAUCUGCUUUCUUCAGUUUACCUCUCUUACCUCUCUCUCUAUCUCUCUCUCAAAUCUGUACUCCCAAGUACCAAACCUCAGACCUCUUCUCUCUCCUCCUUCACUUUCUUCCCCAACCGAUCGAUUUUACCCUCGUCUCAAAUUUCUUAUGCUUGAGCUCGUAACUGUCAUCUCUCUCUCUCUCUGCUCAUUUUCCUUGCUAUUAAUUUGCUUUCAUUGUUGUUGUCUUUGAUUUGGCUAUUAAUUCACUUUCUUCCCCAACCGAUCGAUUUUACCUGCUCUUUAAUGCCUGUAGUUCACAUCCGAUUUCAUUUCAGCUUGCCCUACUAUUUGCUUUUGUUCUUGCUGUCUUUUGGCUUUCCAUCUUUUAUUUUUUUUCAUUUCUUUGAAGUACCAAAAGAGAAAAAGGUAAAAAAAAACAAGAAAACGAAAAAAUCGAGAUGGCUGAAGCAACUCCUCUUACCUUUUCCGGAAAAGGUAAGGACAUUCCUCGAGGGAAAAUUGAAGAUUGUGUGGUUGCUCCAAUCAGGCGCCAAUUGACUUAUAUGUGUUGCUUCAACAACAACAUUAAGAAACUUGAAACUGAAUUGGAGGAGCUUCAAAGGACACGAGAAUUGGUGCAACGGGGGGUGAAUGAAGGCCGCCGACAAGUGCGUGAUACCGGUCUAAAUGUCGAGGCUUGGCUGAAUGCAAAUGAGGUCACGAGUAAUCAGGUUGAGGGAAUUAUUCAAGACAAGGCCAAAGUCAAAGAAGGGUGUUUGAAUGGAUGGUGCCCCAAUCUCAAACUGCUUUACUCACUCAGCAGGAAAGCUGUGAAGAAUACCAAGGUGGUUGUUGACCUCGAGGCUGCUGGCUUCGAUUAUGUUAUAUCGGCCUACAGCUUGCCACAUGUGGAGAAUUUUAAGGCGUUGAAGUCUGAUCGAAGGCUUAAUAUGGAAGAGAUCAUUAAGGCUCUAAAGCAUGACCAGAUCGACUUGAUUGAAAUUUGCGGGAUGGCUGGUGUGGGCAAGACAACAAUGGCAAAAGAAGUUGCAGAAAGAGCAAAAGGAAAUAAACUCUUUGAUCAAGUUGCAAUGGCCAUGGUCGGCAAAAAACCAAACCUAAGCAAGAUUCAAGCUUCCAUUGCAGACAUGCUUGGUUUGAAACUUGGUGACAUGGAGAGCCCGAUAGUAGGUGCUCCUCUCCUACAUCAGAGACUUCUGCAGGAUAACAAGAAAAUUCUUGUUAUACUAGAUGACAUUAGGGUGGAACUUGCUCUAGAUACCAUUGGAAUUCCUUUGCGAGGUGCUAAUAAGAAUGUCAAAAUUCUUUAUACAUCGCGGACUCGAGAUUUGUGGCAUGAUCUACCAACUAAAAAGGAGAUCACUCUUGCAACCUUGUCGGAAGAUGAAGCAUGGCAGCUAUUCAGGGAGAAUUCUGGUGAUUUAGCUGAUGCUCCAGAUUUGAGACCCAUAGCCAAACAGAUCGUGAAUAAAUGUGGAGGUUUACCUCUUGCGUUAGUAAUUAUUGGUAGCACAUUUUCAAAAAUAGGUAGGGGAAAUUUCAUUAAGGGUUUCUUGGAAGACAUGCUUGAUCGGCUAUCUUGUACAAGCAACACUCCUGCGCAUGGGCAUUUGUCUUCAUUUCUAGAGCUGAGUUACAAUUAUGUAGAGGAUGAGGAAGGUAAGUGCCUCCUUUUGCUUUGUUGCUUAUUUGAAGAAGAUAAAUCUAUCCUUCUUGAAGAUUUGGCUAGAUACGCAUUGGGAUUAUCCCUUUUGGAUGGGAUAAACGAAAUGAGAAAAGCAAGGGAUCGAGUUUUUACUUUGGUUGAUGAUCUAAAGAGUCGUUAUUUACUACUAGAUGGUGAAAAUGAUAAAUGUGUGAAAGUGCAUGACAUAGUGCGCGAUAUGGGGAUAUCUAUAGCAUCCAAAGAUAAAGGUGCUCUAGUAUGCCAUGGUGAAGUAUCUGAGUGGCCAAACAAGGGUACAUAUGAGCAUUGUAUUUCCAUUUCGGUGAUAUCAGAGAAAAUUACAGGGCUUCCUGAAAGAUCAACAUGUCCAAAUCUUGAGUUUUUGCUCUUAGAAUGCAAGAAAGUUGAGAAACUACCGUGCAAUUUUUUUGAGGGGAUGGAGAAACUUAAAGUUUUGGAACUUAUUAAUUAUGAUGGCAUCCUGACACUUCAAUCCUUGAGGAACCUUCGAACCUUGUCUCUUCAAAGGUUUGGGGGCAGGUUGGAUAAUGUUUCUGCAAUUGGAGACUUGUUGAAUCUAGAAAUUCUCAGCUUUCAGGGUUCAUCGAUUGAUGAGCUACCAGAAGAAAUUGGUGAACUGGUUAACUUAAGGUUGUUAGAUCUGGACAACACUUGGUCACUGAAUAGAAUACUGCCAGGAGUCAUAUCACGCCUGGUACGUUUAGAAGAACUAUACAUCUUCCAUAGCAAAUUUAGGGAUUGGGAAGGAGAAGGCAACGAAGAAGGGAGAAAUGCAAAUCUAAGGGAGUUGUCCUUGUCCAAUUUAAAUACUUUAGAGAUCUGUAUAACAUGUGAUGUGCUUAUCCCAAAGAUCCCAAUAUCUAGCAAACUAACGACUUACAAGCUUUUAAUUGGCGAUAAAGGUGGACACAACCGAUGUAUCGACCAAUACAAGAGGCAGUUGAUAGUCACAGCGUGGACUACGAUCCCGUCGGAUUGUGGAGGGAUUGGUUCACUCUUAGGGAGUAGUGAUUGUCUAAUUCUUACUGGGAAAGGAUGCAAUGAUCUGGUGAGAGAGUUACUACUCCGAGAUGGGGUAAAUGGAAUCCAACGAUUGAAGCAUCUGGAAAUCCAUGACUGUGAUACACCAGAAUAUCUUGCCAAUACAAUGUAUGUGGUCCAACUACCUGCUGCUCCUACUCCUGUUGUUUUCCCGAUCCUUGAAGAAUUGAAACUCUCCAUGCUUCCUAAUUUAAGAGAGAUAUGUCGCGGCCCAGUUCCCGCGGGUUCGUUUGGGAAACUAACUGAAAUUGAUGUUGACAAUUGUGGAAGAUUGGGAAAUCUCUUCCAGCUACCAGUUGUGGGAUCUCUCACUCAACUCAAAAGUCUUAGCAUAAAGGGCUGUGAUAGGAUGGAAGAAGUUUUUGGGAAGGAGCAACGAGAAGAUGUGCAUGUUGCAACCAACAAAAUCGAGUUCCCGAAGUUGGAAUACUUUUCUCUUGUGAGUCUACCACGUCUCAUGGGUUUCUGUCGAGGGAUUGACCAGAUUGAUUUCCCUCAAUUGAAAGUCAUGCGACUCCGAGAUCUAGGACAGUUAAACCACCUCAUCCACAAGGACAGUAAUAUGUCUUCCAAUUCAGAACAAGCCAACGAUAUUGGCUUCCUUUCUCUUUUCCCCCCAAAGGUUACAUUUCAUAGCUUGGAGUUAUUGGAACUAAAAGGGUUAAAGAAUUUGGAUGACGUAUGGGGCAGUGAACUUUCAGCCUUCUCAUUCUUUAAGCUGAAAGAACUCGAAGUGGAAGAUUGUGGAAGUUUGAGAAAUAUGUUCCAUUUUUCAAUGGCUGGUGGUCUUGUGAAUCUCCAAAAACUAAUAAUUAGAAAUUGCUUGGAGAUGGUAGUAGUAGUUGACGGGGAAGAAGAAAUAGAAGAUGGACAAGUUAGAGAAAUAGAGAAAACUUUGUUCCCUCAGUUGAUAGAAUUGGAACUUUGUCAUCUACCACGUCUGAGGAGGUUUUGCGACUCCACUCAUCCUAUAGAUGAUCAAUUGUCACAGCUUAGCAAGAUUCACAUAUCAGACUGCCCUAGAAUGGAUGCGUUCUAUUUGAAAGAGAAGAAUAGGAAAAAGGAGGAGGAGGAGGAGGAGGAGCAGAAGAAUAGGAAAAAGGAGGAGGAGGAGAAAGGAUUAAGAAGUCGGGUGAAUUCAAAACCUGUUAGCACGGAUGGCACUGAUCUAAGUGGCUCUGUCAGUAAAGGGUCAUCGGUUUCUGUGCCUCUGACUCCUCGGAAUGAGGGCGAAAUCUUGCAGUCUGCUAAUUUGAAGAGCUUUACCUUUUCUGAUCUGAAAAUGGCCACAAGGAACUUCCGUCCGGAUAGCGUACUAGGAGAAGGUGGAUUUGGUUCAGUUUUCAAGGGUUGGAUAGACGAGGGCUCUUAUACAGCCGCAAAGCCGGGGACUGGUAUUGUUGUUGCUGUGAAAAGGCUUAACCAAGAUGGUUUCCAAGGUCACAGAGAAUGGCUGGCGGAAGUGAAUUAUCUGGGGCAGUUUUCUCACCCGCAUCUCGUGAAACUCGUUGGGUAUUGCUUGGAGGAUGAACACAGGCUUCUUGUGUAUGAAUUCAUGCCUAGGGGCAGCUUAGAGAAUCAUUUAUUCAGGAAACGUUCUUACUUCCAACCUCUUCCUUGGAACCUUCGUCUAAAAGUUGCUCUCGGUGCUGCAAAGGGACUUGCUUUUCUUCACAGUGCUGAAACGAAAGUCAUUUAUCGGGAUUUCAAAACUUCCAAUAUAUUGCUUGAUUCCAACUACAAUGCGAAGCUUUCUGAUUUUGGCUUGGCUAAGGAUGGGCCGACAAGCGACAAGAGCCAUGUCUCCACCAGGGUCAUGGGGACCUACGGAUACGCAGCUCCAGAGUAUCUAGCCACCGGUCAUUUGACCGCCAAGAGUGAUGUUUAUAGCUUUGGAGUAGUUCUGCUUGAAAUGCUAUCAGGCCGACGAGCAGUGGACAAGAAUAGGCCGUCCGGAGAACACAAUAUGGUGGAAUGGGCCAAACCCUAUUUGGGCAACAAGCGUAAAAUCUUUCGCAUCCUCGACCCCCGUCUCGAAGGCCAGUACUCUUUGGAUACUGCCUAUAAGGCAGCCAACCUCGCAGUCCGAUGUUUGUCCAUGGACCUGAAGUUCAGGCCCAACAUGUAUGAAGUGGUGAAGGAAUUGGAACAGCUUCAGGAUUCGAAAGAAACACAAAGUGCUCGAUGAACAAGCAGUGGGCCAAAGCCUCGCAGAAUAAGGGUCGGUGAUGGAAAAGCAUAAGCUGCUUAUCCCAGACCAUCUGCUUCCCCACUCUUCACCAAAUGAAUCACAGGAAAGUUUUGUAGAGGAGCUCCUCUUCUUUUUUGUUUCGUUCAAUGAUAAUGCAGGUUGUUAGGCGGCGAUCUAAGGGCUUGGUGUUGUUUAACCCGUAUCUGUUCAGUGACUGUACAGGUGUUUUUGGCUAAUUUUGGUCGAUAUCAAAACUUGCGUCGACUCUCGGUCUAUAGGAAAUGUUGUUACAGCAAAAUGUUUGUAAGCCUGAUUAGCGAUGCAAGUGGUUUUGCAUGAUUGAAGUCACUGAAGUGAUUGAGUUUAUCUGGCUUCGUUUACGCUUGUAUUUCCCUUCUUUGUAAGUAUGUUGUUUCAAAGCAUCACAACUGAAGAUCAUA